UCCCCGAAGCUGUAGAUUUCGCUGGGGAGGGAAGCCAAGGCUAGUAAAAUAAGUAGCGUGUGGUUAGUCUUAUUGUUAAGCCCAGAAUCCCAGCAGGUCCCAUAUUUCACAUGAAGCUGUCAGUGGAAAGCUAACAAAAUUCCCCCCUCCGCCCUGUGUCACUGAGCAAAGGCAGUGAUGCUGCUGCCAUGACAACAGCUGAGUCAUUCCAUGAUGAAAUGCUCCCUUGAUGCUGUUGUACUGUUCCGGUAGCUCACAAAACAGUUUGAGGAAGCUCAUAUGAACUAAGAUCUCUACAGGUGUCAUCGGCAUACGACCCUUGGCUUGUAGACCGUGCUAGCCAAAUGGGGAACAUCUCCACUGCGGUCAAGCACUGCCUGAGCUAUGAUACUUUUUUGCGGGAUUAUCCUUGGUUGCCACGUCUGCCGUGGGAAGAGAAGUGUUUUGACCAGCCCAAGCUUCCACCUUUUGUCAGAAUUGUGGAGGUCGGGCCAAGAGAUGGACUUCAAAAUGAGAAGGAAAUAGUGCAGACAGAGGUCAAAAUCCAGUUUAUAGACAUGCUCUCUCAGACCGGCUUGUCUGUGAUUGAAGCCACAAGCUUUGUGUCUUCAAAGUGGGUAGCCCAGAUGGCUGACCACACAGAAGUACUGAAGGGGAUUAAAAGGUCUCCUGGCGUCAGAUACCCUGUUCUGACGCCCAAUUUUCAGGGCUUCCAGGCAGCUAUCGCAGCGGGAGCUACAGAAGUGGCAGUGUUUGGUUCCGCCUCAGAAACAUUCAGCAGGAUGAACAUCAACUGCUCCAUAGAGGAGAGUUUGCAGAGGUUCGAGAAGGUCAUCUUUGCAGCCAAACAGGAAGGCAUACCGGUGCGCGGGUAUGUUUCCUGUGCACUUGGCUGCCCAUAUGAGGGACAAGUAAAACCAUCCCAAGUCACGAAGGUGGCGAAGCGGUUGUUUGAGCUGGGCUGUUAUGAGGUGUCCUUGGGGGACACGAUCGGCGUAGGCACUGCGGGCUCCAUGGCCAAGAUGCUGAGUGAUGUCUUGACAGGGGUGCCCGUAAGUGCACUGGCGGUGCACUGCCAUGACACCUAUGGUCAAGCACUGGCCAAUAUUCUCAUUGCUUUGCAGAUGGGGGUUUCUGUGGUUGACUCCUCGGUUGCAGGCCUUGGGGGAUGCCCUUAUGCCAAGGGAGCGUCUGGCAAUAUUUCUACAGAGGAUGUUCUAUAUAUGCUACAUGGUCUUGGAAUUGAAACCGGAGUGGAUCUGUUUAAAGUGAUGGAGGUUGGUGAAUUCAUCUGCCAAGUCUUAAACCGACCAACUAACUCCAAGGUCUCACAAGCCACGAAAACACCUUAGCCUUUGUAUUCCAGUUGAAAAAGAUUUGGAGAAUUUUGGAAAAAUAGAAUCAAAUAAGAAAUAUUUAAGAUACUGCACUAUUUCUAGGUCUCUGUAUCAAUUGGAGCAAAGGUCUGACAUUGACCAUGUAAACUAAAGUAAAAGCUGUCCUUGUUGUUCUUUGAAUGCUACCCUCAGAUUGUUCUUCCGAUGAUACCAUGUGCAAUUCAAAACUUCUAAAUGCCUUUUUUCUGUUGACUUUUUAACGCAGGUUUUGAAGCUAAAUCAAGAGCUGCUGAUGCAUGUGCUAAUAAUACUGUAUCUAUAACACUUUGUGCCUAUAACAGGAAAUACAAAAGAGAGGUUUUCACACCAAAGACAUAUGAAAAUGUUAAACAUGCUUGGAUUAUAUUCUUCAUAUAUUCUGAUGACACAUGGCAUGUGAGAAUCAUUGUCUGCUUGGCACAAAGCUUUUGCUGUCUGGUAAAGGUGACAGCAGGAUCAUAAUACCUUUUUGUUUGCAUUUUGUUUACACAACACAAACAUUUUCUUAAUACAAGCCUCUGAAAACUAUAAAACACAUACGCCGACAAAAGGUAUAAAGAACUUUUGGGGAAAAACUGGGUAUGGGUAAGAUGCACAGGUGUAUUGUUUUUCUUUACACAGUGACAUUGCUUAUCAUGGCUUUGAAUGCAUAAUACAGUGUUUUACUUGUCUUUGUUGAUCCAUGUAAAUGUUUUUGACAAUGUAGUUGUGUGAAAGUGAAACUUUUAAAAAUGCGCAUGGAAACUUUUCCAUUUCUACUCCAUCGUUGUCUUGUAAACAUACUUAAGGUUAAUCUGUCCAGCAUUUAUGUGGAAGGUAAAGCAAUAAGCUAUGAAAAUUGGAGUAUUACAUUGAUUUAACUCUCUAAAUUCAGACUUGAUGAAAAGUCACUGUAAAAAGCAAAUAUACCCACGCCUCUGACUGCAACUGUAGACACCCAAUAGUGGCUAAUGAUUAUAUUAUUUGCUUUUCGCUAUUGCAAUGACAAAAAAUCAUAACAAUAUUUUUUGCUUUAGAGAUAUAAAAAAAGCAAAAUUAUUAUUAUUGAUAAAUGUGCCGUCACGGAUGUGCAUUUGUUAAUAUUUCAAUGCAACAAAUGCAGUAAUUUGUAUUUAUUUUUUAGAUCAAUUUUACUAAAUGUUAUACUAAACGUGUUCAUAUGUGAGGCUUUGUACUAGUAAACA